CGCAUGGCAUGUAAAGCUUAAAACACUGCGGUCACACUACACUGCAAAUCGAGCGACUUUUUUAAAUUUAUUAUUAAUUUAUAGCUAUCAUAUAAAUGUAUGCUCCAUUCCUCUAAGGUGUCGAAGAAUAUGGCGUGUGGAGCACGUCUUCGUUGAGUGCAGCAGCAACCAGGCUGGAAUCGUCCGCUUCAGCUGAUUUUGACGUUACCCUGGCAACCGACAACAAUUACAACAAACGAAGGAGUUUCGCUUCUAAAAGCCACAAAUUUUCCAAUCGAAUCGGGCUUAGAUUGGAUUUGGCAGCGAACAUAUUCAUAUUCCCCUGAGAAUGCCGUACUCUGUGACACCACAUCGGGCCAAUCUUGUGCUCCAAAUGUUGCUGCAGGCCAACACCUAUGUGUCUGUUGUGUGGGCCAUGAGCUAUCUGAUUCACAUGCUCAUUCGGUUUCAGAUGUUGUGGAAUCUGGAGGGUCUGUCCCUACUGGUGGCCUACGUCCUGGCUGUGGCCGCUGAGGCCGUGCGCCUGUAUGCCGGCUAUUCGGUGAACCUGUGCUCGGGCGCCACCGCCAUGUGGCUGCUGCUUACGGUAACGCCUUGCAUCCUGUUGCCAGCCAUGGUUUUCCUUCGCCUGUCGUCAGCCGGGCGUAGUCUGUGGCUGCGCAUCAUCACAAAUGCAGUGUUUGCUCUCAUAGGGCUUGAGGUUAUCGUGUCUGUGAUUCACUUUGUGAUCUGUAUGCCAGGUCAGAAGAAGCGGGAGCUGCAGCAGGAGCAGGAACAGGAACGACAGCACGAAGAUGUGGUGGAGGAGCGUCCGGCGUCCGUGAUGGAAUCGGUAACAUUGAGCGAGCAGAGGCGACGCGUGUGACGCUCGGCAGAGUC